GUAUGUAUGCUGCCAUGCCACGAGACAUCCUGUUGGUGGUGGGAAAUGAAAUUAUUGAAGCUCCUAUGGCUUGGCGUGCUCGUUUCUUUGAGUACAGAGCAUAUAGGCAACUAAUCAAAGAAUAUUUCAACUGUGGUGCUAAGUGGACAACUGCACCUAAACCCACAAUGGCAGAUGAACUCUAUGAUCAGGAUUAUCCCAUUAGCUCCGUUGAAGACAGACAUAAACUGGCUGCUCAGGGAAAAUUUGUAACUACUGAAUUUGAGCCAUGCUUUGAUGCUGCUGACUUCAUUAGAGCUGGGAGAGAUAUCUUUGUACAAAGGAGUCAGGUUACCAAUUACAUGGGCAUUGAAUGGAUGAAGCGGCAUCUUGCACCAGACUAUAGAGUGCAUGUGGUGUCCUUUAAGGAUCCUAAUCCUAUGCACAUUGAUGCCACAUUUAAUAUCAUUGGACCUGGUCUUGUGCUGUCUAACCCAGACCGUCCUUGCCAUCAGAUAGAGCUUUUCAAGAAAGCAGGCUGGACGGUGAUUCAUCCCCCAGUGCCACUCAUCCCAGAUGACCACCCACUGUGGAUGUCUUCCAAAUGGCUCUCCAUGAAUGUCUUAAUGCUGGAUGAAAAACGUGUGAUGGUGGAUGCCAAUGAAACAUCCAUUCAGAAGAUGUUUGAAAAUCUGGGCAUUUCUACAAUUAAAGUGAGUAUUCGCCAUGCCAAUUCCUUGGGAGGUGGUUUCCAUUGCUGGACAUGUGAUAUCCGCCGCCGCGGUACCCUGCAAUCUUAUUUUGACUAGUUAUUGGUCAUCUAAACAGCAGUGGUUCAGCUUCUAAAAUAAGCAUAGGAAA